AUGUCGAAAGAUCCUGGAAAAGAAGAUCUCGCUGACCAGGACAGCUUUUUAGAGAUCGAAAAGAACUUUCAUCAAGUAAUCAACGAGAUUGUCCAAGACAAAUCGCUCGAAAAGUUCAGAAACAGUUACGAAGAGUUACAUAACGCGUUAAUUCUAUCACAAGAACAUAAUAAAUCACUUGUUGAGAAGUGCUCUGCUCUUAACAAUGACAUUUUACAGAAUGCAGAGAAAAUUGCGCAAGUUUUGAAGCUGAGUCAAGAAGAUCAAACUACAAUCAACAAUUUAAGAAACGAAUUUGAAAGAGCGUGGGAGAUUGUAUCAAAGAGUGAAGAAAAUGACCGAAGAACAGUCAUAAUUAUUGAAAAUUUAAAAGCAGAAACUUUUAGGUUAUCAAACUUAGUAGAACAGACAAAAAACUUUACAGCGACAAGGGAAGUAUCAGAGCAAGAUGUUACAAGUGAUAUUGAGAAGAUUAGAGCUGAAAUUAAAAAGAAUAAUGAAGAUAUGGAAAAUAUGAGAAAACAAAUCGAGUCAAUGAGAACGGAAGGAGUCAGUUUAGUUAAAGAAGCAUCCAAAACGAAAGAAGAAUUAGAUUUAGUUCAAGAAGAUUUAAAUCAACUAAAUUCAACAAUUUCUAACAACGAAGAUGUCUUCAAUUCAACAAAUAGUGAAGCCAAAGUCAUCCAUGAACAAAUACAAGCCUUAACUGACAAAUAUAAGCAGAAUAUAAACCAAAUAAAAGAAAGUCAAGAAAGAAUCGCUCAAAAUCAAGAAGUAAAACGUAAGCUACUCAUGGACCAAGACAAUACCGAUUACGAACGGUUUUUAAUCCAUAAAAAAAUACAUCGCGGAAAAAUCAAUUUAAGAAUGACUAAAAAGAAAAACGAUGACUACAAUAAGCUUAUUAAAGCGCAGCAAGGAUACUACGACCGUCAGGAAAUGAUCGCAAGCACUUUUCCAGCUGAUUUGAAAUUAUUAAACAAAGAGAAAGAAGAUUUGCUAAAUGACCAAAAGGAAAUAACUAAAUAUCACUCAGAGAUCCAGAAUGUAAAGAAUGAGUACCAAAACGCGAUCCAACAAAAUCGAGAUAUUAUUCAACAGGCAAAAACGGUCAAAAACUCUUUAUCCAUGUCUAUUAAGGCUAAGCAACUUACUGCCGACAAGCAGCAGUUCAUUGUUGGCAAUUUGGAAGAAGAUCUCGAAAAAUCUAAAUAUCAGCAAAAUUCCGAGAGUGAAAGGAUCAGAAAAGCAGAAUUAGACAAACUCAAGCUCAAACAAGAGAAUUUCAAUGACGAAACAUACGGAAGUAACUUAGAAGACGAAGCAUUUAGAUUUAAGUCGAAAGCAGCCUUAGAUCGCAAGAAUGGAGCUGCCUUAGCCGCAAACAAUGCAGUUAGAAACAAGCAGAUAGACGAAAACACGAAAAACUACAAAAUUUUGGGAAAUCAAAUUUCAAAUUUGAGUUCUCAGAACCAAAGCAUCUCUGGAGAGUGUCACAGACUUGAAUCAACACUGACACAGAUGAACAGAGACCAAGAAAACAUACUCAGCGAUAUGCAUUUGAAGAGAGAAGAAGUUUAUAGGUAUAAGAACAUAAUUAACGACAUUGACGUGAAGAUUGCUGAUGAACAUCUCAUAAGACUCAAAACGGAGAACGAAAAUAACGAACUUGAAUCCGAAAUCGAAAAAUUAAAUUCUGAUAUCGAGGAACAAAACCAGAGAAUCCAGAAUUUGAUGGAAGAAAAGGAUCAGAAGCGAAUGAUCUUCGAUAUGGCCCAAACUUCCAUUGAAGAACUCAAAAGAGAACUUAAUCAAAUAAAUAAUAUCAUAAGAUCGCUUCAUUUGCAGAUCUACAAUGUAGAGAAGCCAUUAUUUGUCGUUAGAGAAGACGUUGUCCUUAAAAAAGCUGCUUUAAACAACAAAUACAAGUUAUAUUCUGACAAAUCUCAAGAAAUCCAAGAUUUGAAGGCCAAUUUGCAGCGGGAAGUCGAGAAACAGCAAUUACUUCAAUGGAAAUCCCUCGAAUCCAUCAACAUGAAGAAAGAAUUCGUGAAAAUGGAGUCAGAACUCGAAUACAACAAAAAACUUAGUUCUGCCAUGGAAAAUGAGCUAGAAAAACCUCGUUUUGUUCAUAGUGUAUCAAUGAUGGAAUCCACGGACCCAGAGAAAUACGCAUUGAUACGAAUGAAGCAUCAGAUAAUCGAAGAAUCAUGGAAUAAAUCCAGAUUUUGCGAAAAAUUGAAGAAACAAGUCAAAGAUUUGAAAAAAGAAUACGAAAGACUUGUUAAACACGUGUAUAACUCCAGGAUAGACCCUCAUACGGAGAUGGACACACUGAACCAACAGCUGAGAACAAAAACAGUCCAUUUAAUGAAUAUGGACCAAAAAUACCAAGACGAUAAAAAUAAUUUAAUUGAAAGAGAAAGUGAAGUGAUUUCUGCACGCGACCAAUUAAGGAAUGAGAAGAUAAUGAACUCCCAGAUGUCGUAUAAGAUGAGUAGAGCUGAUACACUGCAAACACCCAAACUUCCACCUUUGAAAUUGCCAAGAGUUGAAACACUUUUCAUUGGAGGAGGAUUUGCUUUGGCUUCUCCUCAUGUUCCAACUGUUGCUCCAGCUCCUUUCAGCGCCAGGCUGAAGAUGAACAGGAAAUUGCUGCCAAAGAAGAACCCAACAACACCAAGAGGAAAUAACUUUACUCCAAAGGCUCAAAUAGUCAAACCUUACGUAAUUGAAAGUCCUGUUUUUACUUAA